UUACCACCAUGGCCAGCAACGAAGACGACGAGGUCCCGCGGCUAUGGAAGGUCAACCGCACCAUCCACGAGCUGGUGAAAGACCGCGGCUUCCAGGUCGCGGACUACGAAAUCAACCUGAGCCUCGACGACUUCAAGAGCCAGUAUGCUUCGCAAAGCAGAUCGGUCGACCGGAAUCAGCUCAACUUCUUCACGAACCACCGAGACGACACGACGGACCAGAUCUUUGUGUUCUUUUCAGAUGAGAGGAGUGUUGGCGUGAAGACAAUGCGAAAAUUGCUGGGUAUACUGGAAGAGAAGGGGAUACGUAGAGGGAUCAUCAUCUUCCCUGGGAAUAUGACCCCUGCGGCACGAAAGGUCAUCGUAGCUAUGCAAUCGCAGUACAGGCUCGAGGAAUUCUCCGAGGCCGACCUGCUCGUCAACAUUACUCAUCAUACCCUUGUACCCCAACACAUCGUCCUCAAACCUGAGGAGAAAAGGGAACUCCUGGAGCGCUACCGCCUCAAAGAAACACAACUGCCGCGCAUCCAAAUAGCCGAUCCGGUCGCAAGAUACUUCGGGCUGCGCCGUGGGCAGGUCGUCAAAAUUAUCCGACCAAGCGAGACCAGCGGGCGUUAUGCUAGCUAUCGUAUCUGUUUCUGAGCGCUUUCUGGGUAUCAUCGUCGUGUACGUCCUUCUGUAUUGUUAGAACAUCGCAAUGCACUGCUUCCAGUCUUAGCCAAGGGGGUGGUCGUGCGACUUACGUGGCGGCGCUCCCGGUAUGUUGUCCCCCGAAUCUUGUACAUCUCGGUCGAGAUUACCGCUGCCUGCUUCAUCUGCUCCUAUC